UAUCACCGGCGUCGCACAGGUUGUCAAGGAAGUGGUGGGCGUUCCUCCUGUGUUAGUUCGCAGACUGUUGAUGCUGAGACGAUUAUUUCUUGUCCACGAUAAGCUCUCCCGAUGUUUCUUCCUACGCUUGUGGAGGACAUGCAUCACUUUAAGCCCAGUCGAGACAGACUGUACACCACCAGGUGUUGUGGAUGUUGCCACGUUCGCACGGGGACCAUCAUCCUGGGAACAUGGUACAUGGUAGUCAAUCUGUUGAUGGGCAUCCUGCUGACUGUCGCUGUGACCCACCCAGAGAACGUGCCCACCAUUGACUUGCAGUAUGAGGUCAUCGACCAUUACUUUGCCUCCGACAGGAUGUCUGAGAAUGCCUGUGUUGGCUUCGCCAUCUCUCUGCUGAUGCUCACCAUCAGUGCCAUGAUGGUGUACGGAGCCAUUACUCAUCGUGACGGCUGGCUCAUCCCAUUUUUCUGCUAUCAGCUGUUUGACUUUGCUCUGAGCUGCCUGGUGGCCAUCAGUUCUCUCACCUACCUACCCAGGAUCAAGGACUACCUGGACCAGCUGCCGGAUUUCCCGUACAAGGACAACCUCCUCUCUAUGGACUCCAGCUGCCUGCUGCUCUUUGUGUUGGUCUUCUUUGCCUUCCUCAUCAUCCUCAAGUCUUACCUGAUCAACUGUGUGUGGAACUGCUACAAGUACAUCAACAACAGGAACAUGCCAGAGAUCGCUGUCUACCCGGCCUUUGAAACCCCUCCCCAGUACAUCCUGCCCACUUAUGAGAUGGCAAUGAAGAUGCCAGAGAAGGAGCCCCCUCCCCCUUACAUGCCUGCUUAAGCACCAGCCCCGUUGCCAAAAUACACACACACACACACACACACACACACACACACACACACACACACACCA